GAGACGGGUCGGGAAUCUCUGCUUUUCGCAGAGACCUUCGAGCGUUUUCACUAUACACACCGUUUACCAUAAAGGACACUGAUCAACUGAAAAUUUGGCGAGCCUGUGCACCAAGUCUCCAAACGGCGGAGGUCGGCCUGACGGCGAGAAAAGCAUCUGGGAGUGAGAAGCUGGAGGCGGCGUCCAACACGACUGCUUCACUGAUUUCAUCGAUUGUUUGAUUGGGUGGCGAUGCCAAAGCGUAAGAACUCCGGACAGUCGACGGAUUUGAACUCGAGAUCGCCAAAGACAAUCGACGAAGCGCUCAGGAUUCUGGCACCACCACAAGCUCUCCUUGUGCAGUCGCAACUCAACCUGACAGCCCCCGCCAACCCAUUCUCUAUCCAGAAAGCACCUGGCACUUCCUCCGACAACGAGCAACGCGCACCCAAGCGCCGAGCGGAUGAGGAGGCUGUGAACGCUGUUCCGAAAAAUUUGUUGACCACGUCUUCGACGUUUGCUAGAGCCGUCAUUCCUGCAGCCCCAGCAAUUUCAUCUGCUAAUAAUAAAAUGGCACCGCAGUCAGUGACGGCUACAGCAAAAACAACAACAAAUCGUGGAAAGGUAUCCGGCGAGGGAGAAUAUCAGCUCAUUAAAAAUGAAGUGCUCUGUUCUCCAUAUGGAAAUCAAUACGAAGUGCUUGAAUUUCUCGGCAAGGGUACUUUCGGACAAGUGGUAAAAGCUUGGAAGAAAGGAACCAGUGAAAUUGUGGCCAUCAAGAUUCUGAAGAAACACCCAAGCUACGCACGUCAGGGACAAAUUGAAGUCUCAAUUCUUUCGCGUCUCAGCAACGAGAAUUCGGAAGAGUUCAACUUUGUGCGUGCAUUUGAAUGUUUCAACCACAAAAGUCACACAUGCCUGGUGUUUGAGAUGCUUGAGCAGAACCUCUACGAUUUCUUGAAGCAGAACAAGUUCAUGCCGCUGCCGCUCAACGCUAUUCGUCCAAUUCUCUUCCAAGUGCUGACAGCUCUCCUCAAAUUGAAAUCUCUCGGCUUGAUCCAUGCGGAUUUGAAGCCAGAAAAUAUUAUGCUUGUUGAUCCCCAGCAACAGCCGUACCGUGUGAAAGUAAUUGACUUUGGAAGUGCUUCGCAUCGAAGCAAAGCAGUCACCAACACUUAUCUCCAAAGCAGAUAUUAUAGAGCCCCCGAAAUAAUCCUUGGCUUGCCGUUCAACGAAUCGAUCGACAUGUGGUCCUUAGGAUGUGUGAUUGCUGAACUAUUCUUGGGAUGGCCACUCUAUCCGGGAAGUUCUGAAUAUGAUCAGAUUAGAUUCAUCAUUCAAACUCAAGGUCUGCCACCAACCUCCAUGCUUGAAAGUGCAUCAAAGUUGCAUCGUUUCUUCAAGGAAGUGAAGUCGGAAAGCCCAAAUCACACAAACGUUGGUGGAAGCUACUACCGCUUAAAAACCGUUGAAGAAUAUGAAGCAUCUUCGUCAACUGCAAAAUCGAAAGAAACGAGAAAGUACAUCUUCAAUGUUAUUGAUGACAUCUCUCGAGUCUGUUAUGGUUUUGAGUCGGACCCUGUCGAGCAUCUUUGCGAUCGUAUUGACAGACAGGAGUUUGUCGAUGUGCUGAAGAAGAUGCUUGUGUUGAAUCCAGAUUUCCGAAUCACUCCUGCCGAAGGUCUUGAAUCGAAAUUUGUUACCAUGACGCAUAUCAACGGCUACAAUUUUGCAAAUUAUGUCCACGAAGCUCACAAGAGAAUGGAGAUUUGCCGAAAGCCAGGACCUGCCAUGGCCACUCCGUAUCGUGCUGCAAAUGUGGCGACUCCAAUCACACCUGUGGAAAAGCCACCGGCGCCAAAGCUUCAACAGCCCAUGAUUGCAGUUCUUCCUCAGUUGAAUCAAAUCGCCGCCACAAACAUUCCUCCAGUUCCAACUCAACCUGAUCUCACGAAUCUGAUGCAUCACUAUUCGCAAAUGGCGGCCGCGACUGGAAGUGCAGCGACUGCUGCUCAAUUCUUCUAUCAGCCCCUUCCACCAGCGCCAUUGUUCCAGUAUGCACAGCUCCAUCACCCAUUUGCCGCGCGUCCACCUCAUUUUUUAUCCCUGGCCACCCCGAGUCAUAUGGUUCCCCAGUUUGUUCCGGUCCCAAUAAUGGAUCCAUCAAUGCUUCAGGGACAGUGGCCACCAGGGGCCGCGCAACAGUUCGCCGUUCUCGCAAAUGACAUAAUGCGAGUACCGGCACCACAAGGAAUCAAUCAGAUGUUUGCAUCAACGCCACAGACUUUCUCACUUCCGCAGUUUCUGUCGUCUUCCAUCCCAAGUGCAACUACCGCAUUCAACGGAAACGCACCAAACAUUCCAUUUCCUGAAGAAAAUUCUAGUUGGGCACUCGGCACAGCUGCACAACAACAACAGCAACAAGCUCAACGAGCACAAUCAAUGAUAAACGGAAAUGUCAAAGUGAAGCCGCUGGCGGCACAACCUAAGAAGAACUCCCCAGCUCCGUCGGUCAUCACAUUAUCCAGCGAUGAAGAUAGCAAUGGUGCAGGAUCAAGUAAUAGUGGAAGUACUACACGAACUGGCGCCGUCAAUCCAGUGAGAAACGAUACACUUCCAAUGGGAAAUACCAUCAAGACCGAGGAUAUUCUUGUUCCACCAACCACUUUUGAUGGACAGCUUCCCAAUUUGCAGUACUUCCCCGGUUCGCACUUGUUUGACCCGAAAACCGUUGCCGGACUGUUGCCGAACCCAUUUCUAGACACAUCUCAUAUUCCCAGAGCUUUUAACUAAUCACUUCAUUGCACUCGCAUAUUCCAAAACGUUUUGUGUUGGAAAAUCAUCAUCAUUUUAAUAUAAUAAUUAAGUUUGGUUUCCCGAAAACAAAAAAAAAACCUAUGAAUUCAAUAUUCUAGAUUAGAAUGAAUGAGCACGCAAGAGCUCAUUUUCUUUACUUUCUGAUGAUUGCUCUAUUUUGCACCCCAACUUUUUUUUUUUGAAAUAAUCACUUUUCUUUUCUUAUUGAACCCACGUUUUUUGUCUUCCACAAAUUGUUCUGUUUUCUCGUCAUUUCACUCCUGUGAUGGUUGUUUGAUUGUCCAGUCAUGCGCCCCAUUCCACGAACGCUACUAAGUUAACUGGUACGUUUUUAUAGACAAAAUCCAACCACUUCUUUUUUUUCUUUCUUGCUCUUUGUUUCUCUCAUGUCUCUCUCACUCUCUCUUUCUGUAUACUUUACUUUACUUCUUGCUACCAUUCUCUCUGUUGCAAACCUUUAAAUUUGCUGAUACUGUAAUUUAUUGUUCCUUGUGAUAUGUUUGAGAACAACUUAGUCGCAUCUUCUCACUGUUUCCCCGCCCCACUAAAAUUCGUUGCUCCUUAGUUGGUGUUGUUUACUGUCAUAUUUCACACGAAAAAAAAUUCGCUAAAAAAUACCAAAAAAAAGUGAAAUACUCAAAAGCCAAAAAAAAUUGGUAAUUUGUCCGCUUCACUCUUUUUCCCCCCUUACGUUCAAAUGUUCUUCAUCAACCAUUCUCAAGUCCCCGUGGAUUUUAAUACGAAUUUUUGAAGAAACACUUUUUUGUUUCCUGUUUUUUUCUACAAAAAGCCUCUUCCUUUUCUUAGUUCUCUUCCCCCACGAGUACAACCGUUGGUCCCUAUUUUGAAAAUCUUCGCUGUGCAGUUGUUUCAAAACUGUCUGCCUCCAUGCUUUUUACUGUCGGUUCUUUUUUCUUUUUUUUUCUCUUUUUGCAAAGUCAUUGCAAUUUUUUAAAAAUAAUUUUGUUCGCUGAACAUUUUUACCACAUUUAUUUUGUGACACUUCCCUUCUCACCGGAAUCUCUGUCCUCUUGACUUUUGUUUUAAUAAAACUAAAAUUGUAUUUAUCCGUCCCAAAAUGUACCAAUAUAAUAAAAAGAAUGGCGUUCGAAA